AAUCAUUCUUCAUCCUCAUUCAUUACAUUCAAUCAAUUCGUUAAUUACACAUCACAGUUCAAAAGAUGGACCCUCAGCAGUUGCACUUCGAGGCUACACAGGCUCAGGGCGAAGGUCAAGGUCAAGCACAAGCACAAGCUCAAGCCCAAGCCCAACCUCAGGCCCAAACCGAAGCCCAAGCUCAGGAAAAGACCAGCAAUUUGAUCGACAUGGCUAGCAAUGCUGCUCAGUCUGCUAAGGAAACCAUGCAAGAGGCUGGUCAGCAGAUGAUGGCAACAGCACAAGGAGCAGCUGAAGCUGUGAAGAAUGCAACUGGCAUGAACAAAAAUAAUUGAACUAAGAGGGAUAUGCACGGAUCCUGAUCAUGCAGUUUCACUUAGAUUUUGUUUUUUCUUUUCUGUAUUUCUCGUUUCUUCUUGUUGUCAGGGCAUUGUUUAAGAAAUGCUCUAGUUUCUUUUGUUUUGAAUGGUACUCCUAAAGAGAACUCUAUGAUGUAGCUCUCAUUUUAUCUAUCAAUAAAAUUUUUCUUAGUAUAA